AUGGCAUCUCUGACCCUUCGCUCGACGAAAUGGGAACAUAAAUCAUCAGCUUAUUGCACUACUCAACAUACUGUUCUGAAUCAAUCAAAAAAUCUCAAUACGAUCGAUGUUAUUCACAAUAAAACCCUUUCCUUAUUCAGUGUCUCGCCAACUAUCUAUAUCUUUGUUCUCAUAGCUGCAAUCCCACCUAUCUUAUGGGUACGUCACUUGGCCACAAAACAGCGACCUCUUCGCGAGGUUCCUAUUCUCAAUGCAAAUGAACAGACGCCUGGGGAGAGCUGGCAUACCAAGCCACGAGAGUUGCUUAGUAAAGGAAGAAAAUUGUAUCCCGACCAGCCUUUCCAGAUCAUCACUCACGGUGGCCCAAAGAUUGCUCUUCCCCGACGAUGUCUUGAAGAAGUCCGCGACUCUCAACAAGCAGCCUUCCCUCCUUAUUUCCUAGACGAGGCGCCUUGGAACCUGCCCGAAACCAUCAGUGCUAAGCUCACACAGUCCCUAGGACUUAUCACUGAGAGCCUAGCAGAUGAAGGUAUUCUAGCUACCGAAGACCUUUUCGGAAACCUUGCUCCUGGACAGUGGCAUACGAUUAUAUUGCUCGCUGAAGCAACGAAGAUAAUUGGUCGCUUCACUGCUCGCGCUAUGCUCGGUGAAGAGAUAGCUCAUAAUCACGAAUACAUUGACAUAUCAAUGAAAUACGGCGCCACUGCUUUGACAGCAGCUUUGCGGUUUCGUUCCUGGCCCCGUAUCUUAUGGCCCAUCAUACAAUACUUUAUUCCACUGAGCAAGACGGCUCGAUAUCAGACUCAAAGAACAGAUCAGAAGCUUGAUAUUGUUGGCUUUCAGUUAGCCAUAUCUAUGGCUGCCAUUCACAACACGAGCGGGCAUCUGUUCACUGCUCUCUGGUGCCUUAUCGCGCAUCCCAAAUAUAUCUCACUUCUCCGAGAGGAAGCCAUCUCAGUUCUCAAGGAGUACGGAUGGACAAGGCAAGCCUUGGCUCGUCUCAAAUUACAAGAUGCUGUGCAAGAGGAAUGCAUGAGAAUACUUCGGGGCAACCUCAGGACUGCACGCCGACAAGUCGUUAAGGGAAACUUGACAUUCUCAGAUGGAUUCACUAUUCCUAAUGGUCGAAGGUUUUUCGUCAUGCCUCCCGCUGAUUACCAGGGUGAAAACGAAGAGUUUUAUCCAGAGCGCUGGCUCGAAAAACAAGAAGAAGAAGGACAAGCGAACAAAUACUCCUUUAUCACGGUGAAUCUAGAGAAUCCAGAGUUUGGAAUAGGCAAGCAUGCCUGCCCAGGCCGAUGGUUUGCAAACGACGAGAUGAAAAUCGCACUCUGUAUCCUCUUGCUACGCUACGACUGGAAGGCUACGCCCGGUAUGCCAAAGCCACUUUUCGAUGCGUGUGAGGACUUUCCUACAUUCAAAAGCUCGCUCCAGGUUCAAACCACCCCUAGAGAACCGGAAAUUGAUCUUGCGUCCUCGAAGAUGUGA